UUCAUUUCGUUCCAUUCAUUCGUUUACAAAUGUCAGUAAAGGCUAGGCGAUUUUGCAAUAUUGUGAAGAAAAACGUUGUUUACGACUGAAAAUAACAAAUGUAACCAUUAAAAUGUUAUCAGUUGUGUACGGAGUUAGGGCGUGCGCGCGCCAAAACACUGUGGCACCGAAAUAGCGCCGUUUAAAAGUGAAAAGGGCGUUUUACCUCCAUUGAGGGAAAUCGUAUUCGCCCAAAAUCUCUCUCGGGAUCAUGUUAAAGUUUAAAAAGAUGGGAUCGGAUAAAGUGCCGCUGUUGCUGGUGACCGCGAACGUGGGAUCUAUAUUCGAGGACCCAUCCGUGAUGCUCCCAAUAUGGACCUCCGAGUUCCUCCAAGCCGUGUCCCGCAUGGAUCCGAAGUUCAUAGCCCUCCACCUCCAGGAGGUCGGUGGCAAGGCCUACGAGAAGUCCAUGCAGUAUGUGAAGGACUUCGUGCAGAGGCUGUGCGACUGUCCGGAGUUGCGGCUCUAUGACAAGAUCAGGAUAUUCCUCGAUGAGGAUUUUAGUUCCCCGGAGAAAUUUACGGCACUCGGAAACAUGUACUUCGCGCACUCUUCUCUCACCGACCUGAAGAUCUGGGACUUCGAGCAGAAAGCAUACGUGGAGGCGACUGGGAAAGAGGUUCACAGUGGCAACAUCGAGAAAGUUACAACUAAGGAGAAGACUAAGUUCCCGCAGCAUUUCUUUCCUGAGUGUAAGUGGUCCCGAAAAGGCUUUCUUCGCACACGGUGGUUGAUUCGCGGCACUGCGGUAGAGUUCGUGAACAUACAUCUAUUCCACGACGCUUCGAAUCUGCUUGCACUGCAGCCCUUUCCUUCGGUAUACUGCCGCAGUCGCCGACGCGCGCUCCGCCACACGCUGGGUCACAUCCAUUCAGACGUCAACGCGGCGCCAUAUUUCAUCUUCGGAGACUUCAACUUUCGCACCGACACCGGCGGCGUCGUCAAGAAAGUGACAGAAGAACUGACAGCAUGCAGACUUCAAAAUGGCAACGCCACCGAGUCUUCGAGACUCCAGUAUCGAGGGCCGGAUGGCAGGAUAGUCCUCACAGUAGGCAAGAAGGAGUUCGCUCAUCAGGACCAUCAGAAGAUCUUUCGAGAGCCCUGGUUGCAACGUUUCGAUCGCGAGUUGGAAGCACUGCGGCCGCACUUGUACGAGUUUCCCGUCAAAUUCCCACCGACCUACCCCUUUGAGGAGGACGUACAGCUGCCUACGCAUUACAUGAAGACCAGGUGUCCGGCGUGGUGUGACCGUAUACUGCUGUCGCAGUCGGCGCGGCUGCUCGUGCAGCACGACCCGGCCAGACCCGACACCCGACAUCUGCACACGUCGAGGAAGUCUGUGGCGGACUCUACGGACAGCAGCGGCCGCGUGUCGUCGUCGGACACGUCGCCGGCACGCUCCGGCUCGCCGGCGCGCAGCCAGCAGUCGAGCCCCGGUAAGACGUUGGAGAAGAAGUCAUCAAUGGCCGACCUAGACGCGUUAUCGGUGCCCGGCAUCGGCGUCGCCAGGAAGAGUAUCGCCGACCCCACCAGUGUGCAGCACGCUAUCAACUCCAGGGUAUCUGACGGCGAAGGCUCCCCGGCGCGGCGCAAGCUGGUCCGCAACCAGAGCGAGGGCUCGCCCAAGCCCAGCGACGUGUCCAGCGAGCUGCGCCGCCUCGUCGACCAGCCCGCCCGGCGCAGGAGCGAGUACGGGGCCAUAGGAGACACGGCCUGCAUGGGGGACCAUAAGCCGAUCUACCUGCGCGUGAUGCUGCAAAGCGACCGAGGUACCUUAGCGUGCUGCGACCCCAAAUUCCCCUGUCCACUUUGCCCCCGUUUCCCCUCAACCCUCUCCCUGCUACGGCCCCGUCUCACCCGGCUAGCUACAGACCCAGACUUGUACUAUAGUAAAAAGAAAUUAGACACAAUUAGCACUAACUUAGAAGAUAUACCUGACGACUUGAAAGACUUGAAACGAACCAGAACUGGCUCCUUAGAAAUCCUAAGGAUACCAGAUGUCGAAAUCACAAGUGCCGGCUACAGUUCUUACGACGGCAUUUUUGUAAACGAUGUCGAUAAUACCUUACUUACUGUAAGACAAUGCUUAGACCCAUACACGCCAGAAAGUAUAGAUUCUCAUACACCUAACAUGGAAGCGGCAUCUUCAGGGUCUGAAGACAUGUCAAACGAAAUCUCUGACGUUUUAGGCGAUGUCAAAAUCGAUAUACCUUAUAAUAAACUGACUAGAGACAGAAGUGUGUCUCCGACGCAGUUAAAAAGUCGUCUAGAUAGACUUUUAAAUGACGGGAAGUUAGCCAAAGUACCAGAGCUGCAGAGGCUUAAUAGUAGGGAUUCGUGCAAGUCGGUUGACAGUAAGAAAGGAGGGUUGUGUUGUUUAGCGUUGAAGUGUUACGGGUUUUGUAGGAAGCGGGCGCGCAAAGUUGACUGUAAAUGUAGUGGACUGUGUUGCACUUGCUAGCUUUUAUACGGCACAGAUAACUGAAAUACGUAGUCUAAUUUUAUUCAUCGCUGCGUCUUACGUAAGCGAACAACUCGCGAACGCGACGCGGCGGGCCCAAGGCGUUCGCGUUCGCAACGAGAUCGCUCACGUAGGACACUUCUAUAGGUAUCAAGGGAUUGAUUCACCCCGCGCCGCAUCGCUUCGUUUCGCGUUCGCGUGUUGUUCGCCUACUACUACUAGUUUCUAUAAUAUGUAUUAUACUACUACAGGGUAGAAAUAAUCACUAUUGAAGGUACUUUUAGUUGUCUGUGCUUUUAUUUAAUUGUCCAGCAAUAAUUUAUUUUAAAGCUUCAGCAAGAAUGUAACAAUUUUACGACUGCUUUGAACAUAGAGCUGUUUUUAAAUUUGCUUGACAAUGUCGUAUCUUGUCAUGGCAUUCAUUUGCUUGACAAUGUCUAUCUUGUCAUGGCAUUAAUUUGCUUGACAAUGUCGUAUCUUGUCAUGGCAUUAAUUUGAAUACAUUUCCGUUAAUGUCUGCUAAUAUUGUCAACUAAUCUAAUUUAACUCUUAAAGUUACCUUAUUUGAACUGAACCUUAUUUCACCAACUUGACAAUUUGUCAUUGUCAUGUCACAAUUAUCACUUGACAAUGACAAUCAUUGUAUACAUGUCUCAAUGUCAAAUGACAAUUGUUUUGUUGGAAAAAUAAGAGCCUAAUUUGUGUUGCACUUGUUUUUGACAAGAAUUAUUAAAUUGAAUGACCAUUUUGGUGUUGACUGCAUUUAACAGUGUUUUAAAUAUUUUUUACUUUAGACGUUUUAAUACAGUAAUUAUGCAGUGUUGUUUGCUUGCAAUUGACCGUAUAUAAUCAAUUGUUCGACUUAUUUUCUACUUAUCUUUAAAAAAAUAUAUCUUAUUGAAUAUUUUGGACUUUUGAGGAAAACUUGGUUAAAUAUCAUUGGUGGGAUGAUUUUUUUAGUAAUUUUAAAUACAUACACGACGAUCUUUUUGAUUAAAAGGACACUUCAUAAUAUUUUAACUCCUAACCGGGAAUGUGUCCUAUAGUCAUACUUAUACAUGAAAAUAGAUUUUUAUAUAAUGACAUUUAAGAAGUCUCCAAAUCACAAAAUGUGUUGAGAAUAUGAACUGUUAUAAUAAAGUAGGUUAAGUCUGCCGUAAAACAGAUAUUUAAUUUCAUUAAAGAUCUUAUGUUAAGCGUCAACCGUAUACGGUUGCUAUGACCAAAUAAAUGGUAUUUCUACCAUUACAUCGACAUUUUAAGACGUUUUGUUUAUCUAUUGAAUUAUUAGUGUAUAUGGCUUUUUAUUACCGUUAUUCUUUUUUAUUAUUUAAGAGAUGGCUAAUGGUAAACAAAUAUUUAGUCUCUGCAUGUGUGGUUUAAACCGCAUGCACUGCAUAUUAGUAAAUUAAUAUUUUAAUUUGUACGUAUAGUAAUGUAUUCAGUUUCUAAAAAAUAUCUGAGAGUAGAAAAUAGGAGUCAAAGAAUUAGUUUGCCGUUAAAAUAUUAAUCUCAAUAACAUUCUAAUAGCUUAUGAAUACAUAAUUAUACUUGACAAUUGUCAUCUGACAAUCAGUCAAUCACAGUUAGAGUCAGACCAAGAAAAGUCUGAGGCGGAUUUGAUAGCCCACGCAGUGCAAGUGUUCUUUUAAACGUCAAACUUCUAUGAAAUUACGAACUAUAUUAAUUAUGAUUGUAUAAAUAACACUUGCACUGGGUGGGUUAUCAAAUCCGCUGCAGACUUUUCUUGGUCUAACUCUAGCCGUACAGUCAACUAUCUAGUUGAAGACUGGCGAACUUCUAUUUUCACGGCUUAAAUUUUCUUUGUAUUUACUAAGCUUACUCUCUGAUAUUAUUUAUAAGAUCUUGUAUAACGAGGUGGUUAACUAGGUUUCAAUGCAGUUAUAAACUAGUCGGGCACAGUUGACACUGACUGUUGUAAACAUUUGAUGCAAUUUAAAAUAAGAUUUUAACAUCAGCUGUGCUAUUAAUUUUAAAUUAAUUAAAUUAAAAUACCAAAUGGUUUUAAGUCUAGUCGAACUGCUCAAGCGGACUUAAGGGCUUAUUUAUGAACAUACGAAAAUACCUCGGAAUUUAAAUUAUUAAACGGCAAUUUUUGUUUGGUAAAGACGAAUUUAUAGUAAAAAUCUGAACCUCUAUACCAGCGGUUCUCAAACUUUUUUGGUGACGGAACCCUUUUGGAAAGCGAAAUAUUUGACGGAACCCCAAAUUAAAAAUUUUCGUUCGUCACUGUGGACCAGAUAAUAUACUUAUAGAAGUGCUGGUUUUUUUCUUAUUAUUACAAGUAUUUUCGCGGAACCCCAACAGAGGCUUUGCCCCUAGGGUUCCCAGGGUUCCGCGGAACACACUUUGAGAAUGGCUGCUCUAUACAAACUAGCUAUCCAAAAAAAGAACUGUAGGUGGCGUUAAUUUAGAAAAAUAUUUAACACAUAAUUAUGGAGCUUUGACCCAUAUAUUAUGUUGUAAUACAAGUGAAAUAUGACGUAAUAAUUGAUAUAUUAGGAAGGUAUAUAAUAAUACAUUUGACCCUAAAAUAACGCGCUAUCCUCUACUAUAAUAAGAUAUGUGGUCUGGAUGUAAGCAAUGUUGCUAUUAAUUCGUCUUUGGUUUUAUUCAUAUUAUUGGUAGAUAGGUAUAUUAAAACUUAAUGUUAUGUCAGGCACAUAUCACUUAUUAAGGUUUUUUUGCAAUAAUCUCAAUGCAAGGUAGUUUGUAGUGACAUAUGACGAACAACUAAUUAUUAUAUUGCGUUUCCAAGAAAUAUUAAAAUUAAAGUAAAUUCUUAAAUCAUUUUAUUUAUUGACCUGUUCGUUAUAGGAUAAGCGCCACUUGAACCAUCCCACUAGCCCGGGUUUAAGUGGUUAAACCGUUAAUUCAGUGUCAAAUUGUACUGGUAACCAUGGUAACUCAGGCAUUAUAAAUGUAUUCGUAUACCUAGUACAGAUUUAAGUGAUACUUUCUUGUUACCUAUUUCUUGGAAAGUGCAAUCUGUGUGUGCUUUUAAUUUAAUAAAAUAUCAGUCAGUAAUUUAUAAAUGUCGUACACAAAUAUUCAACAAUCUGCAUGUUUGUUAGGCGUAUGUAUGAAGCACUGGAAAAUGUACCUUAUAAGCUAAGACACUCGGUGCUAAUUCUACUGUAAUUUUAAUAAACAUUCCGCACUGAA